AUGGCAGAAGCAACAACCACCAACACCCAGCUGCAGGACUCGACCUCGCGCUUCUCCGUCAUGACAGAGAGCUCCGACGACGCCGCCAUCGCCCUGGCCGUGCGCCCGCUCCAACGGCCCUCUAGCGGCAGCCUGAGCGGCGGCGGCGGCGGCAGCGAGCGCCGUGGCCUCGGCACCACCGGCCGCCAGGCGGACGGCGUCAGCCGCGACCACCGCGCGGGCAGCGUCAACGGCGGCGGCAGCGUCGACGGGCUGGGCGACGGGCUGGGCGGCGACGGCGACGGCGACGACACGCCCGGGGAGAAGAGCCCGGUGGGCAAGACGUACUACUUCGACCUCAAGGGCGACACGCGGCUGCUGGUGCGCAACGACGCCGGGGUGGAGAACGUCUUCGUGUGCUCGGCCAAGGCCAUGACGCUCGUGUGCGACGCGUGGGACCGCAUGCUGUCGCCCGACGGCCACUUCAAGGAGGCCCAGGAGCCGGCCUCCGAGGCGGACCCGCGCGAGGUCGCGCUGCCCGACGACGACGCCACCGCCCUGUCCAUCCUGCUGGACAUUGCCCACCUGCGCUUCAGUCUGAUCCCGGCGAAGCUGAGCUUCAGGCAUCUGCUCGGCGUGGCUGUCCUGGCCGAGAAGUAUGGCGCCGCGAGGGCGUUUCAGCCGUGGCUGUCGAUGUGGGUGGGGGCGCAGAGGAAGAAGGUGGGCGUGCCUGGGUAUGAGGAGUGGUUGUGGAUCGCGUGGGCGUUUGGGGAGCAGGAGAUCUUCGCGGAUCUGGCGACGAGGCUGGUGAGGGAGGUGCGGGUGGAUGAGAAGGGGAGGCUGGUGAAUGCGGUGGGCAAGGUGCUGGAUGGGGAGAGUGGGCUGGCGUGGUUCCCGCCGGAUAUUCUGGAGAGCAUUAUGAGCGUGCGGACGGCGACGAUUUCGCUGCUCCAGGACGCGUGCUACGGCUACCAGGACAGAUAUUUGGCUUCCUACACGGUUCCGGACACUGCCAGUGUCUGCUGCCAUUGCGGCGUGGACGUUGACCGGGAGUGUGACGCCACGGUGCUGGGGUCUUUUAUCAUCUCCCUCCAUGAGAACGGCCUCAGCCCUUCCCGCGAGGAUCCGACCAAGGUGAAGAUGAGCAUCGAGGAGUUCGCCGAGAGGCUCAAGCGGGUCGAGUUAAUCGACUGCCGCCACACCCACUUUGGGAGCUGCAACUUCGCGCCCGAGUUGUGGGGGAAGAUCGAGAAGGUGCUGACAUGUAUCCCUUCGCCGGUCCUGGACUCGCAUGUCCGGCACAUGGAGAGGCAGAAGAGGCAUUUCUGA